AUAAAAUUAAGUUUGAACCACUGCAGUCUGGUCGACUUUUUUUUAACAAUGUCUAGUACCUUUCUGGACCUUGAAAGUGGUGGUAAAAUUGCUGUCUAUGGACGAGUCAUAUACCUCUCGGAUUUCAUAAAAAAUAUCUUAAUUUUGUGUUCCAAAGACAUUUUUGGGUGAACUAACCAUUUAAUUUUGCUACUCUGCAAUGAGGCAUUUAAAGUAAGACUAUUUACAGUCAGCUUUAGAUAUAGACCUUUGCUAUUUAAUCCAUGAAAUAUGAAUAUAUAAAAUUAUCAUAAUAACAAAGCAGCAGAAACUGCAUGAGUCCUUCAUUUUCCCUCUCUCUUCCUCACACAGAGCGCGCCUGAUGCUUUAUUUCAGACGCUUUAUGACUCAUCAGCCAAUCAAAUUCACGCAUGCUCUAUCUAUUUACUAAAAUCCCGUACUCUAAGCCAAUCAAAUAAGAGUAGGCGUGUCCGGAUGAGUCGCGCCGGGGUAGAAACAGUAUUGAGCAUCAGCAGACGGUUUACUUGAGAAUGGCGGCUGCUGCUUGCAGUCCGCAGAGUGCACUGAACCCAUGCACUGGCAAACUGCACAGAGAACAUCUGCGGAAAAGUAAAGAUUCGCGGAGGAGACAAGCUGCGCUUUUAUUUCUCACUAAUAUAUCCCUAGACGGACGGCCUGUGCGGAACAAUGCCAGCGCAGCGGGCCCCAGUGAUGCCGAGUUUCAGUGCGCUGACAUCGGCGCGACUGCGAAUGAACUGUCCGCUGCGGCAAGUACCGAUGGGACCUUCUCCAGCCUCUCUGUCCCCAGACUCGGUUUGCUCAGUGUCCCGCCCAUCCUGGUUCUGCCGUCGGAUUCUGGGUUCAGUAACGUCGGGAGCACCGAGAUGUUCCUGGAGAGGGAGAGAGGCUCGUUCUGCUCGCAGAGUAAUCUCCUGUCCCCGUGCAGUCUACAGCCAACUCCGCUCGGAGCGCGGAAGUCUCCGACGCUGCUGUCCGUGCAGAGCUGCGGCUCCUCGCUGGACUCUCGACCGCGGAGUCGCAACGCAUCUGGUUCUCCUCGUCCACGCUCCAUGAAGAAAAACCACUUUAUUAAGAACAUGAGGCAGUAUGACACAAGGGGCAGCAGGAUUGUGCUUAUCUGUGCCAAAAGGUCUUUGUGUGCUGCCUUCUCUGUGCUGCCGUAUGGAGAGAGCUUCCACAUCAGUGACCCUCUUCUGGACGCUCAGCGGCGGAGGCACUCAUCCGGAGGAAUAUCCACCACCCUGGAGAUGCUUCCCGGGCUGGAGGGGGUGGAGCUGGGCAUGUACGGCAGGACGGUGUCAUACGCUCAGUUCCUGUACCCCACUAACGCUCUGGACCGCCACAAGCCCUCAGUGGAUCUCACUCUACCCCUGCCCUAUUCCAGAAACAGCAUCCCACGCAGUUUUCCUCCCUCUCGCCUCAACAGCACUGUCGGUCUGGAUCUGGGCCUUGAAGACACUGAAUAUGACCCUAAUAUGCUCAGUGACCCCCAGUGGCCAUGUGGAAAACACAAAAGAGUGCUCAUCUUUGCCUCAUACAUGACGACAGUAAUAGAGUACGUCAAACCGUCAGAUCUGAAGAAGGACAUGAAUGAGACUUUUAAAGAAAAAUUCCCCCACAUCAAACUCACACUGAGCAAAAUCAAAAGUCUGAAGAGAGAAAUCCGUUCAGUGGGGGAGGAGUCUUCCUUGCAGCCAGUCACCAUAGCCAUGGCAUUUGUGUACUUUGAGAAGCUGGUCCUACAGGGACGUCUCAACAAGCAGAACAGGAAGUUGGUGGCGGCUGCGUGUCUCCUACUCGCUGCCAAGAUCAGCAGCGACCUGAAGAAACAAGAGGUCAAACAACUGAUUGACAAAUUGGAGGAAAGGUUCCGGAUUAGCCGUCGGGAGCUGAUUGCUUUUGAAUUCACCAUCUUGGUAGCGCUGGAAAUGGCACUUUACCUUCCGGAGAGCAAAGUCAUGCCCCACUACCGUAGACUGGUGCAGAAGACCUAACGUGUGUAGAGCAGAGGGAUCUGGGCAGUCAUGGACAUGCAAAUGAGAUGCGUAAAGCAGCCCAAAGUGUGCGACUCUGCGUUCCCGUCGUUGCAGUUUCAGGUAUCAGAGUGAAUACACAUCAACACGAAGCUCUAAGGAAGAACUGACAUCCCAAAUGAUGCUAUUUAUAGCAAUCGGGCCAGCGGCAUUUGUUUUCAUGGCUGUCUGUUUUUGUGACCACCAUAGGAAUACUGCUGAGGAAAACAGUAAGGAUCUUCUUUUAUUGAAAACAGAGGGUUUUUAACUCUCAACCGACAAGGGAAGAGUUUAACUCCUACUUCACUUGUGUGAAAUGUACAAGUGUGCAUGCAUGUUUUUAACAUUCCAUAUGUAUUUACCAAAAAUAACUUUUAUUUAAUGUAGACUUCUCCUUUUGUACAGAACCACCUACCAUUCACUGUAACACUAAAGCACUUUUUUAAACUAUACAUUUUUUUAAUGUAAACCUUAUGCAAUAAUAAUAAGAAUAUAAUAAUUAGCACAGAUUACAUAAUAUAUAUGCACUUACUUUAGUAGCGUACUCAGAAAGCGUUAUUGAGUGACUAAAUCUACCUUUGUAUUCAAACCUAAUAUGUUCAUUGUGUUUGGGGCUCCAUUUUACUGUGCAGAGUGCUCUAUAUUAGAGCUGAUUUCAAGAAAAGCACAUUUUCAGUGCAGGUGUGUUGUUCUCACUUUUAUUAAUUUAAAAAAAUCCACUUUUUUAAAUUCCACAGAAGAAAGAAAUGAUGAUCUACAUGAGUUUUAUUUUUCUGUGAAUUAUUCUUUUAAAGGGUUAGUUCACCCAAAAAUGAAAAUUCUGUCAUUAAUUACUCACCCUCGUGUCGUUCCACACCCGUAAGACCUUCAUUCAUCUUCAGAACACAAAUGAAAAUAAAAAUACUUUUUGUGCACCAAAAAAACAAAAUAACGACUUUAUGACAAUAUCUAGUGAUGGUGAUUUCAAAACACUGCUUCAUGAAGCUUUACAAAUCUUUUGUAUCGAAUCAGGGAUUCGGAGCAUCAAAGUCACGUGAUUUCAGUAAACGAGGUUUCGUUACCUGAUAAGUGUUUCGAAAAUUUCAAUGUUUCACCACUGGGGGGCAUGACUUUGGCAGUUUGAUAUGCGCUCAGAACCACUGAAUCAAAACAAAAGAUACGUAAAGCUUCAAAGCUUCAAGAAGCAGUGUUUUGAAAUCGCCCAUCACUAGAUAUUGUUGAAAAGUCGUUUUGUUUUUUUGGCUCACAAAAAGUAUUCUCAUCGCUUCAUAACAUUAAGGUUGAACCACUGUAGUCACAUGAACUGUUUUAAAUACGUCUUUAGUAGCUUUCUGGGCACCUGAAAGUGUUAAUUAUAUUGAUGUCAAUGCAGGCCUCACGGAUUUUACCAUCGGAUUUUAUCAAAAAUAUCUUAAUUUGUGUUCUGAAGAUUAACGAAGGUCUUACCAGUGUGGAACGACAUGAGGGUGAGUAAUAAAUGACAGAAUUUUCAUUUUUGGGUGAACUAACCCUUCAAGACUUCAUGGUAUUUAUAUAUAUAUAUAUAUAUAUAUAUAUAUAUUUUUUUUUUUUUUUUUUUUUUUUUUUUUUUUUCAGCAAGGAUGCAAUAAAUUGAUCAAAAGUUACAGUAAGGACAUUCAUAAUUAUAAGAAUAAUAAUAAUAAGAAAUGUUUCUUGAGCAUCAAAUUAGAAUGAUUUCUGAAGGAUCAUGUGACACUAUAGACACUAUAGAGUAAAAAAUUCAGCUUUGCCAUCACAGGAAUAAAUUAUAUUUUAAAAUAUAUUCAAACAGAGAACAGUUAUUUGAAAUUGUAAUAAUAUUUCAUAAUAUUAUUCUUGUUAUUGUAUUUUUAAUCAAUUAAAUGCAGCCAGGGUGAGCAUAUAUACAUUCUAAAUGCACUGUUUAUUGAUUAACUGCCAUAAAAUAUUGUGUUCAGUCUCAAUAUUUCAUUGACAUAUUUCAUUGUCAAUAUUUCAGUAUUAACAUUGCAGUAUACUGUAUCAUACUAGGCAUUGUGUCGAACAAGUUUUCAUUUCUUCCAGCAACCACAAUCUAUGCAAUAUUUUUAGAUUCUUUUUGUAUCAUUUACUCACAAAGCAUCCCAUUCCAAAUUCAAAUCAUACAUUUCUCACCCAUCUGAUUAAUAUUUCAGUGCAGACUGUGACGCUGUGUGAAAAGGUUGUGUGUUGUGCGUUAGUAGCCAAUUUGCUGCUUUGUCCUUUAUAGACUGAUGUAUUUUACAUACUGUAGUCUCAAUCAAUACAUCCUUGUAUUUACUUACAUGAUGUGCUGGUAAUGUUGUCUACAAAUGUCUAUCUAUAUUUUCUUAUGUAUAUGUAUUUUUGAAAUAAGACAUUAUUUUCCAGAAAUGUUUUUUUUUUUUCUCCUCAUUAUCCAGAUAUUGUGCUAAGCCCGACAUUUGCACUGUGAAGCAGCGCGUAUGCUAUGGCGCCAUCUAGAGGAAGCGAUUUACAAUCACAUGUCAAUAGAAAAGUUGUUAGGAAGUGGAUUUUGCUACAUAACAAGCAUCCCGCUCAUUUACUCAGGAGAUACGUAAAUCACACAUACAGUAGUUUGGACAGUUUUCCAGGUUUUGUUACUUUGUUAGCAUGUGUGCUACAUUUUGUGACAAAGAGCCCCAGAACAAACUAAGAUAGCAGGUUUCAUGGAUAUGGAAUCUAAAAAAUCACUUUUACACACAUUCAUUUAAAGUGCCUAGGAAUUUCUGUAAUGAAUAAUUUGGUAAAGAGAGGAAAUGGAAGUAAAAGCAAUUUUAUUUAGUUUAUUUACACUUUGAUAUAUUUAUAGUCUCCGAUGUUGCCCUCCAAAGGCAAAACCUACAGUGGCUGAGAGCGCUCAAUGCACUGCAACUGAAGAAAACACACGCAAAAAGAAAAAACUCCAGCAAAUUAAGAAAACAUCUUCAUCAGUUUGACAACACAUGUGCUGCAAUACUCAACACAACCAAAUACAGAAACACGCUGCAAAUACUCAAAACACAACCAACUAAUUUGCUGGAGUUUUUUUCUAUUUUUAUGUGUUUUCUUCAGUUGCAGCGCGUUAAGCUCUCUUGGCCACCGUACAAAAUAGUAAUUACACCAGUUGAAUUUUUUUGUUGUGAUUUUGAUAUCAAUAUUAACACUUAAUUUUAUUUGAAUCUGAGUAUAGUUGAGCCAAACCCAUCUGUCACUACACAGAUCAUAUUCUAAGAGACUCAGUUUUGACAAAAUAUUACUGUGUUUUAUUUUUGCAUGCCAUCAUCAGGAUAUUUAAUCUGCUCAUCACGAUAAUAUUCCAGCUCAGUGGACCGUUUCAACUGUAGCCAAACAAUAACUCGUUCAGUGUUUGAUAAGUGUUAUACUGUAUCUCCACUGGAUGUUUCAGUUGUGUUGUUCCCUACAGUACCACUGUGGUUGUUUAUUUCAAAGGUCAGAAGUGAAGGAGAAUGAAUCCUCAUGAGAGAAAAAAACAGAUAGCAUAAAAUGCAGAACAGAAGUCGAACAGAUUUAGCUAAUCUUCCAUUUAUGAAUUAUGAUAGGAAGGUUGGGAAGGACGCCAGCAGCAGAUAAGAGAUACGGCUGUAUUGUAGUGCUGCUGAAAUCAUGUGAGCAUUUUUCCUCUGCUGAGGUAGAGAUGUAACUUCUCUCUCACUGAUGUCUUGUAAACUAGCACCUUGAGUACAGCCGUCUUUUCAUGUGCUUCUUUGCGAUGCUUUCUGUUUUUUUCUCUCUCUCUCUGAUCGUACCUGUUUUUUCUAUAUGUAUUUACAGGUGACAUUGUGUAUGAAGAAUUUUAUUUGUCUGUUAAUUGUCAUAAUUGUUGAGUUGUCCUGCACUUUCAUAAAUAUAUUUUGUAAAAUCACUGAAAA